GGACAACAACCCGGCCUACCGAUAACUACCGAUAAACUUUUAGUGACCCUACCGAUAUUAAGGAAUUCUAUCUGGCCACCCUGAUCAUACUACACACAAGAUAGAUUUGUCAAGUUGGUUAUAUCAUCAUUCUGUGGUAUUAAAACUCGGUGAUAUUCAGAUUCCGCAGGUCCCUAAAUCGAAAUAUCGACGAUGGCUGCAAAACGAUUCUGGUCAUUUGUUCCCACGGUCAAGGCCCAAGAAGAGGACAUAGUCGACCCACAAGCUGUACUCCGCGAAAAAUGUGCUGAGGGAGGACAUGCUACUCGGUUAUAUGAGAAGUACCAGGCUUGCAAUGACCGCGUUAAUAGCCGCAGCCAAACCACGGAGACUUGCGUAGAAGAACUGUUUGACUAUUUGCACGAGCUGGAUCAUUGUGUUACCCAUACUUUGUUCUCCAAGCUGAAGUAAAGGGUUUGUACAGCAGCAACCGUAGUUUACAAUGCACCGCGGAAAAGGUUUGGCGUGAUAAUCGUGAAAUAAUAAUUUAAUGAAUUGGACUAGAUUAAUCGAUUUGGUUCUAAAAUAAAAUCUUGAAGCAAUCGAUCGUUCAUUCA